GGUUCCUUGGGCUAAGAUCAGAAAGGAGUAUUUCAGCUCUGGGGUCAAUAAGCGAUCUCUGGAUAUCAUCGAGAGGUCGGCCUUCUUCGUGACGCUGGACGAUGAAGAACAAGGCAUGAAGGGAGACGAUCCCGUGGGAAAUCUGGACCGAUACGCCAAGUCUAUUCUGCACGGGAAGUGCUACGAUCGGUGGUUCGAUAAGUCUUUCUCCAUCGUGAUCUACAAGAACGGGAAGAGUGGCCUCAACGCAGAACACUCCUGGGCCGACGCACCUACUGUGGCUCACCUGUGGGAGGU